AUGCUUCAAGAACAGUUAAAAAAAUACCUCUACAUUUGCUUGUAUAUUCAUGCAUGUCAAGAAGCUUCGAAAUGUGAACAAAAUGCCGAAGAGAAUGGAAAAAUAUAUUGUACCAAUGGCAACAUCGUGGGUUCUGAAUGUGCAUUUGCAUGUGCGCCUUAUCAUUCGUUAGUUGGAUCAAGUAAAAUCAAAUGUUUACAAACGUUAUCUGGAUUGAAAUGGUCGAAUUCAACUGUGGUUUUAUGCAAAAUCAAUCGAUGCAAACCAGAGAUCGACAUGCAUGUUCCCGGCAAAUUUGUGACUUGUUCAAAAACAAAUGAGGUCACUUCUGUAUGUCAUUUUAAAUGUUUAAAACCAUGGUACAUGGUAUUUCCCACAAGGACAAUCAGAUGCUUACCGAACCAACAAUGGAGCGGGAAAAUUCCAUGUUGUGGUCGUUCUUGCGGUCUGUUCCGACCUACGGAUAUUUAUAUAAUUUUGGAAUCUUCUGAAUACAUUGGAGUGAAUGCUUGGGUUAAAAUGAAGAAAUCUUUCAAGGAUAUGUUGGGGAGAUUCGACAUAUCUUCGGAAUCAAUGAAGAUUUCUGCAAUGCGAUUUAAUAAGGAUGUGGACACCGACAAUAUUAUUCAUAUGGAUGACUCGGAAUUCUGGUAUAAAUUUGAUAGACUGCCUCACGGUGGAAAAGGAUCAAAUACUGGCAAAGCAAUUCGGUAUCUUGUCAACAACAUGAUGAACAAAGAAUCUGGUAAUCGCAUCGAUGUAUUGGACGUUGUUUAUUUAUUCUCUUCAGGAAAAUUUGAUGAUGAUGUUUCUGAAGCAUCGAGGGAAUUACGAGAAAGUGGAGCGUUAGUAUCUGUCAGUGCUAUUUCUUCAUCAGAGCCAUGGUUCAAUGAGGAAAAGUUGAAUCAAAUCGCAGGAGGGAAAAACCAUUUGUAUUUGUUAGACAGUGAAGAUGCUAUUGAACAUCCUUAUUAUUUUCCUUGGCCGGGAAUUUGCGGACGAGGUUGCUAG